CCAGGUCAAGGCAAACGAGCCCGGAGACACGAUCCAGGUCAAGACAGAGGGGCCGAGAGACUCGAUCCAGGUCAAGACAAACGAGCCCGGAGCCAAGAUCCAGGUCAAGAAAUAAAAGUAGAGGGACUCGGUCCAAGUCAAGACAUAAAUACCGAGAAACUCGUUCCAGGUCAAAAGACAGAAGCUCAGAUAGCGAAACUAUUCAAGAAAAGGAAAUGAGAAGUAAAAAGGAAACAAGAAUAAAAAAGAGGAUGAUAAAGAAAGUUAAAAAGAAGAAAAAACGAGACAGGAAACAUGCAAUCAGAUCUGUGACACAUAAACAAGAUGAGAAAUAUUCUUCAAAAGAAAUUAUCUUAAAUAAAGAAAACAGCACGGAGGAAAAAGAUUACGCAGUGAUUAUAAUUUCAAGUGACAGCAGCAGUUCAGACGGAACCAUGGAACGAAUAACUAAACAAAGGAAACGAAAAAGAAAGAAAAUUGGAAACUUAGCUGCAAGUUUAGUAAAUGGGGAGACAUUACAGAAGACAUCUCUGAGUUCUCCUGAAGUAACAUUCAAAAGGAGAAAUGAAAUAAGUAUGAUCAAUACAAUACAUCCAGUUACCAAUGCAAUUUCUGACCGCCAUGCCUCUGAAAAAGACUGUGAAUCGAGUGAUGAGGUAAAGAAAGACACUAGUGAUAGUUAUAGCAAUCAACAUUUUCACACAGAAUAUAUGUCUGCUUGUUCAUUUCAAAUGGAAAGUCUCUCGGAGUCGGAUGAUAUUACAAGACAUGAUUCAAGAGAAGGGGAUAUAUUGAAAAACUUGGUUUUGGAUAGAAUUUACAGGAAAUACAUUACCGAAUCCUCAGCCAUGCCAAAGAAGGCAAGAACAGAACCUGACAAAGAAUUAUGUUCAGUUUCUGGAAAGGAGUCAAACGUGCUGUCUACAACCGAACAAACUGACAGUGCAGGAUGUAACAACAGCAUUAGCGAGCAAAGCGCUGGGGAUUGCAUUAUGAAUGAGAAAGGCAGAACUAAUAUCAGUGGACAGGAAGAUGAAGCAUUACUGUUUUAUGAAACUGAAAAUGGACUUGCAGAUUCUCAAAAGCCUUCAAACGGUGGCGAUAGCUCAGAUUCCGGAGUUACAAAUUUAGUAGACAUUUCAGAAAGAGACUGUGAUCAUGGCCUUGUUCAAAGUUGCCGCAUUGACAGCUCAACCCAUGAAGUUGAAAAAUCUGAUCCCAAAACAACCAGUCUCAAAGACGAUACAAAGGACGAAGAUAAAGAGUCAACAGAUUCUGCUGGUGGUCACAACAUAGCUGAGCACAUAGAGGAGAAUAGUAUAAGGGUAACAGCAUUGCAAAAUUCAAACCAGCUGGUCGGCUCAGAAAGUGAAACGGUGACAUCAGCUAAGUCACGUGAUGGCAGUGUGAUGCUCGAUGACAAUGUGAUGCUCGAUGACAAUGUGAUGCUCGAUGACAAUGAUAUCAUCUGCUUAGAAAAGCUAGACGGAGGUACUUCGUUUCCACAAGAAACAAGUGAUUCCGAUUCAAUUAAGUCAUUCUUACUGUUUGACGUAGACGAUGAACUAACUAACAAACAAGUCAUUCCUGAGUACAAGAGAAGGGCAAGUGUCCUUGGAGAUGCAGACAAUAGUCAGGAAUUAGUAUCCAACAUUGAAACUGAAGUAAAUGAAGAUGGUAAUACCUGCCACGAGACAACAGAACCAUGCUACAACUCAGAUAACACGGAGGAGACAGAAGAAAUUCAAUGUAAUCAUGUGACGUCAGACGAAACAGGAUUUUUAGAGCACCCUCCACUUAACAACUCGUGGCACACACUUGAAUGGACGUCAAAUAUAGCAGAAUCAGUAAAACUUAAGGGACGGACCUACACGUCUAGUGCUGCUCCUGAACUUCAACAGGCCAAUGCCAAACAGAAAGAUGCUUCCUCAAAGCCUUCUGAGUCCCAUACUUCCAUCCCUUCGUCAGAGGAAGAAACCCCGGAUACUUCAUCUCCUUUAACCAACCGAUCUCAGAAGUCUAAGAGCUCCAUGAAGUGUGUUGAAGAUAAAGUUAUUGAUUACUUGACCAACACGUGCCCCGAGUGUCAAUCUGUCCUAAUUCUAGAUGAGUUCACGUCGGUUAAUCUGAGGACGGGAGACAUUACGAUGAAGUGCCAGCAAUGCCUCAUGUACACAUUCAUGAAGGGUGCCCUUUCUUUAAGUGCGAAAAAAUUCAGUACAAAAUGCAGCGACAAAAAUUCGGAACAUAGUGUAGAAUUACCGACCGAGAAAAAGCAAGACGGAAAAGACAAAGAAAACAUAUCAAAUAUUAAGGGUCAAGGUACAAAGCCUAAUGGCAAAAACAAAAAACCCCGGCAGGUCACUUUAAAAGAAAAACUAAAAGCCUUAAACACCAAAGAAAGAAGCGUCCGCAAAACGAAAGGUAAAUACCCCGUUUUGAGACCAAGAAAAGCGAAAAAGACAGCAGCAGAAGGUUUAAAUGCUCAAAAAUCUCACCUUUUCGAAAAUAAACAAAAGGGUACAGUUAAGCGAAAAGCAGGAAGUAAGGGAGGGAAUAAAGCCAAGAGACCGAAGACACAGACCAACGAAGGCGAAUAAAAACAACGGAAGUGUCGUGAGGUGAACAGACGAACAAGGACUUCUCGAAGAAACAAGGCCAAUAAGAGAAGGAACUGGAAUGAAGAGACAGCGGCACGAAAUGAUGGGUCUAAUGAAGAAGGACAGCCCACGAGUGAAAAGGGAAAAAGGAGAAGGAAGAAAAGGAAAAAGGAGAAGGAAGAAAAGGAAAAAGGAGAAGGAAGAAAAGGAAAAAGGAGAAGGAAGAAAAGGGAAAAAGGAAAAGGAAGAAAAGGAAACAAGGAACCGAGAGUGAAUGAAAGCUAUUCUGCUGAAGAUAUAUCCUUUGUUGAUGUGCUUUUGUGUUGAACACGUAUGUUAUUUUUUUGCACAUAUUCAGGUAAUAAGUAAAAAAAAAAAUUGUAAGGCAAUAUCUUUAUAAAAGUAUGUAGGCAGAAUUGUUAAUUUAUGGACAUGUAUAUCGAGGAAUUAAAGAAUAUUCAAAUAUACAACCUUAGGAAUCUGUUUAGUAUAUAUGUACACACAGCACUUUAAGGAACAUAGUUUACACAGUGGAUCUUUAAUUUUGCUUUAGAGUACUGCAGAUGUGAUGUGUUUUUUUUUUCAUUUGAAUUACCCAUUUUUUUGUCUUUGUGAAAUUUAUAUAUAUUUUUGUACUAAACGGAUUAAACUUGAAAGAUGAA